AUGGGCACCGCGUCCUCACUCGUGAGCCCGGCCGGCGGGGAGGUGAUCGAGGACACGUACGGGGCGGGCGGCGGCGAGGCCUGCGAGAUCCCGGUGGAGGUGAAGCCCAAGGCCCGCUUGUUGCGCAGCUCGUUCCGCCGGGGCGCGGGGGCGGCCGGGCCCGGGUCGCUGCCCCGAGGCGCGGGCGGCGGGCUGCUGGGCGCCAGCUUUAAGUCCACGGGCUCGGCGGUGCCCGAGCUGGAGUACGCGGCGGCCGAGUACGAGCGCCUCAAGAAGGAGUACGACAUCUUCCGGGUCAGCAAGAACCAGGAGCUGUUGUCCAUGGGCCGCCGCGAGGCCAAGCUGGACACCGAAAACAAGCGGCUGCGGGCCGAGCUGCAGGCACUUCAGAAAACAUAUCAGAAGAUACUUCGGGAGAAGGAAAGUGCUUUAGAAGCCAAAUACCAGGCAAUGGAGAGAGCUGCUACGUUUGAGCGUGAUCGAGAUAAAGUUAAAAGACAAUUCAAGAUUUUUAGGGAAACCAAGGAAAAUGAAAUUCAGGACUUACUGAGGGCCAAGCGAGAGCUGGAGAGCAAACUGCAGAGGCUACAGGCCCAGGGCAUCCAGGUGUUUGACCCUGGGGACUCAGAUUCCGAUGACAACUGCACAGAUGUCACUGCUGUGGGAACCCAGUGUGAAUACUGGCCCGGCGGAGUCCUGGGCAGUGAGCCCUCCAUGGGGAGCAUAAUGCAGCUUCAGCAGUCCUUCCGAGGCCCCGAGUUCGCCCACAGUUCCAUAGACGUGGAAGGACCCUUUGCCAACGUUAACAGAGAUGACUGGGAUGUUGCUGUGGCCAGUUUGUUACAGGUGACACCCUUGUUCUCCCAUUCCCUGUGGAGUAACACUGUCAGGUGUUACCUCAUCUACACGGACGAGACCCAGCCUGAAGUGGAGCUUUUCCUUAAGGACUAUUCACCCAAACUUAAAAGAAUGUGUGAAACAAUGGGAUAUUUUUUCUACACUCUGUAUUUUCCAAUAGAUGCUGACAAUCUCACUAUAAGAAAAUGGGAAAUGGAGAAGAGUUCAUUAGUUAUUUUAUUCGUUCAUUUAACUUUACCAAGCCUUUUACUGGAAGACUGUGAAGAAGCCUUCCUGAGAAAUCCUGAAGGAAAGCCACGGUUAAUCUAUCAUCGUCUGGAGGAUGGCAGAGUCAGUUCCCAGUCCGUGCAGCACCUGAUUGAUCAAGUGUCUGACCUAAACAAGACCAGCAAAGCCAAGGUCAUUGAUCAUUCAGGAGACCCUGCAGAAGGAGUAUAUAAAACGUUUCUUCAUGUGGAGAAGAUCAUUAAGCAGGACAUCCUGGGCCUGGAGAUGUCAGACCUGGAGUCUCAGGAUCUGGGCAGUGAAGACCCCGUUCCAGAGGAAGACGGCUUUGGUGACGUUCUGUGGGACAUCCACGACGAACAGGAGCAAAUGGACGCUGCCCAGCAGGCUUCACACUCAGCCCAGGAGCUGGGAUUCGACAAGUAUUACCAGCGCCUUAAUGACCUGGUGGCCGCUCCCGCACCCAUCCCACCGCUGCUCGUGUCUGGAGGACCUGGUUCUGGGAAGUCCCUGCUUUUAUCCAAGUGGAUUCAGGUCCAGCAACAGAGCUCCCCCUCCACGCUGAUUCUUUCUCAUUUUGUGGGGAGACCCUUGUCUGCCAGCGCGGAGUCCUCCUUGAUCAUCAAACGUAUGACUUUAAAGCUGAUGCAGCACUCCUGGUCAGCGUCGGCGCUGACCCUCGACCCUGCCAAGCUUCUGGAAGAGUUUCCUCGCUGGCUGGAGAAGCUGUCUGCCCGGCAUCAAGGCAGCGUCCUCCUUGUCAUCGAUUCUGUAGACCAAGUGCAGCAAGUUGAAAAGCACAUGAAAUGGCUGCUAGACCCCCUGCCAGUGAAUGUGAGAGUAAUUGUGUCUGUGAAUGUAGAAACAUGCCCUCCAGCGUGGAGGUUAUGGCCUACACUUCACCUUGAUCCUUUAAAUCCAAAAGAUGCACAAUCCAUCAUACUUGCCGAAUGCCAGUCAGCAGGCACUCAGUUGAGCAAGGAACAGGAGAAGAAGUUAGAGCCACACUGCCGUUCCGCCACCACCUGCAACCCUCUGUAUGUCACCCUUUUCAGCAGAAUGGUCUCACGUGCCGGGAGGACAGGAGAUCUAGACGGAACCUUUGAUCAGUGUUGCGAGUGUCAGGACACCAUCUCCUUGUACAGACUCGUCCUGAGGACGGUGCAGGGGACCCUGGGCAGUGACGCGGACAAGGAGCUGAUGACACAGAUUCUCUGCCUUGUCAACGUCAGUCACAACGGUGUGAGCGAGUCGGAACUGAUGGAGCUCCACCCUGGGACCUCCUGGGUGACCUUGGCCUCCCUUAUUCACACCUUACACAAUAUGCCUUUGCUGGCUUUCGGCUGUGGCUUGCUUAAGUUUCAACAUCUACAGGCUUGGGAAGCAGUUAGAGUGGAGUAUAUGCAAUGUCCAGCCAUCGUUUCCUCAUACAGGCAAAAGCUCAUCAACUACUUCACUGUGCAGCUCAGUCAGGGCAGAGUGACGUGGAGAGCCGCUGAUGAGCUCCCCUGGCUACUUCAGCAGCAGGGAAGUAAACAGGAGCUGCAUGAUUGCCUUCUCAAUCUCUUUGUGUCUCAAAACCUUUAUAAAAGAGGACACUUUGCUGAGUUGCUGAGUUACUGGCAGUUUGUUGGCAAAGACAAAAGUGCCAUGGCCACAGAAUAUUUUGACGCCUUGAAGCAGUAUGAGAAAAAGUGUGAUGGCACAGAGAACUUGGUUUGCUUGGCGGACCUUUAUGAGACGCUGGGCCGGUUCCUCAAGGAUCUGGGCCUUCUCGGUCAGGCCGUGGUGCCCCUGCAGAGGUCCCUAGAACUUCGGGAGACAGCCUUGGACCCAGACCACCCCAGCGUGGCGCGGGCCCUGCACCAGCUGGCGGGCGUGUACGUGCAGGGGAAGAAGUUCGGACACGCCGAGCAGCUGUACAAGCAGGCCCUGGAGAUGGCCGAGACCGCCUUCGGGGCCGACCACCCACUCGUGGCCCGUGAGCUCGAGGCGCUGGUCACUCUUUACCAGAAGCAGAACAGAUAUGAACAAGCUGAGCAUUUUCGGAAAAAAUCCUUUAAAAUUCGCCAGAAAGCUACGAAGAGAAAAGGCAACUUGUAUGGAUUUGCCCUGUUACGGAGAAGGGCGCUCCAGUUAGAGGAGCUCACACUGGGGAAAGACACACCUGAAAAUGCUCGGACGCUCAACGAACUAGGUGUCCUCUACUAUCUUCAGAACAACCUGGACACCGCUGACCAGUUUCUGAGGCGCUCCUUAGAAAUGAGGGAGCGUCUGCUAGGACCAGACCACCCGGACUGUGCCCAGUCCCUGAACAACCUGGCAGCUCUGUGCCACGAGAGGCAGCAGCUCGGCAAAGCCGCGGAGCUCUACGAGAGGGCGUUGGACAUUCGGAAGCGGGCCUUGGCACCCGAUCACCCGUCCCUGGCCUACACGGUCAAGCACCUUGCCAUCUUGUACAAGAAAAUGGGAAAACUGGACAAGGCUGUGCCUUUAUACGAACUGGCUGUUGAAAUUAGACAGAAAUCCUUUGGUGCAAAGCACCCUAGUGUUGCCACGGCUUUGGUGAACCUCGCGGUUCUUCACAGCCAGAUGAAAAAGCACAUCGAAGCCUUGCCAUUAUAUGAAAGAGCUUUGAAGAUUUAUGAAGACAGCUUGGGCCGGAUGCAUCCUCGAGUGGGAGAAACUUUAAAAAAUCUAGCCGUGCUUAGCUAUGAAGAAGGGGAUUUUGAGAAGGCUACUGAGCUGUACAAAAGGGCGAUGGAAAUAAAAGAUGCAGAAACCUCACUGCUGGGCGGAAAGGCACCCUCACAGCAGUCGUCCAGUGGAGACACCCCCAGCGUGAAAAUGGCCCAUUCGCCCAACAUGCUCCUGCCUCAAGGACAGAGGUGA